AUGACACAGACGAGUUCCCCCGCGCUUGCCUAUGUUCGCGAGCGUAGGCAGCUUGAAGAAGAGGAUGACGAAGAGGUUGAGGAUGAUCAUGCUAUGUGGGUCCUGUUCUGGUUGUCAAUCCUUGAUCCCUUCCACUCCAUCGCUAGUUGCCUGUUCACCUGUUUCGUCACUCUUGGUCUGCUUCUGGCAACGCCUGUUCGACUUCUACACCAGCAGAGGUCCUUUGGCGACCAGAUCAUUAGAACGGUGGCACCUCUGUUCAAGCAUCACCUCGAAAUGAUGUAUGCACCAUCAGUCGACGACGCACACGAGUGGGAUUUUCGGCCUGGAAUGCUAAUACUUGUUCACACCAUUUCACCAAUCAUCAGCAUAGGCGUUGCCGUGGCGUCAUGGGUGACCGGUGCAUUCUGGGUGUUCACCUAUAUUAUGGGCAAUCCAGAUGGCACAGAGAGAGGUGAUGACGGAGCUGAUGCUGUACUGGCUGUAAGAAACUGGUGGGAGAGUUGUCUUCUCAAAGCUUUACGACCACGUACGAGGGAAUCUAUGAGAUCUGUUGUAUGA